UUGGUGCUGUUAGGCGGUGGGGGCUUUAGAAGGUGAUUAGAUGGUACAGAGGUGUGUGGGAGCUUGCUGCUUCUGCCGUAUGAGGAUGCAACAAAAAGGGGCCAUCUUUGAAGAAGAAGAAAGCAAACCCUUCCCAGAGAUUGAACCUGCUGUCAUCUUGAUACUGGAUUACUCAGCCCAUAGAGCGGUAAUUCAGAAUCCAGAUGAGCACUCAGCUGAGGAUGAUAUAACAAGCAACAUGGGAAUCUCUAGAGAAAUCAGGAAGAAGGCUUCCAAAAACAUGCUAUGAUGUCUCCUGCUGGAGACAAGGCACAAGGUGCAGGGAAGGAGAGGUGGCCUGAUCCCGGACAAUAAUGAUGCAAUGUUGAAGAGUAAGCUGGAGGAGGAGCAAUAGGCAACAUGGAAAAAACCAAAACAAAGCAAGGAGAGAAUGAACAUAUGCCAGUGAAUAAUCCUUCUACACAGAUCUACCAGUUGCAGGCCCUGGCCUCAGAACUGAAAACUGGUUUCACGGAAGCAAUGCAGGAGCUGUCACGAAUCCAACAUGGAGAAUAUGCUUUGGAAGAGAAGGUUAAAAGCUGCCGGUGCUCCAUGGAAGAAAAAGUUACUGAGAUGAAGAACUCACUAAACUAUUUCAAGGAAGAGCUGAGCAAUGCAAUGUCAAUGAUUCAGGCCAUCACUUCUAAACAAGAAGAAAUGCAACAGAAAAUUGAACAGCUUCAACAAGAGAAGCGAAGGGAAUCUCGAAAAGUUAAAGCCAAGAAAACUCAAAAAGAAGAGCAUGGCACUCAGGCUGGUCCCACACAAGCACAAGGAAGUCCUUUCCGUUCCAUCAAUAUUCCUGAGCCUGUUCUUCCAAGUGAAGACUUUACCAAUAUUUUGCCUUCUCAGGCUUAUGAAAAAGCCCAAGAGUCCCGAUCUGUCCACGUAGGCGAGAGUAACGUGAAGGGAAUGAUGGGUCCCGGAGUGAACCCAACAACUCCAGAAGCAGAUGAAAACUUGAAGUCUUGCCUCUCAGCUGAUAUCCAGUCCAAGAGCCAACUGUCAUCCGGUGUGUGGAGGCAGCCUAAGGAUGGCAAAGAGUGGGGCGAGGAAUAUGUCACAAAAGACCACCCAGAUAAACUCAAGGAAGUGGGCCAGGGAAGACACAGCUCCUUGGAAAAUGUGUUAUGUGAAACUUCUUUAGCUGCUAAAAGACAAACUGUGGCUCUAGAACUGCUUGAAUCUGAAAGAAAAUAUGUCAUUAAUAUCUCUCUGAUCCUGAAGAUUAAGGCAACAUUCCAGGGGUCAGAUGGAAAGAGGAAUUCCAAAGAGAGAAGCCUCUUCCCUGGCUCUUUACGGUAUCUUGUCCAGCAGCAUCUAGAUUUGCUCCAUGCACUGCAGGAGAGGGUCCUGAAGUGGCCACGCCAAGGAGUCCUUGGAGAUUUAUUCCUUAAGUUAACAAAUGAUGAGAAUAAUUUCUUGGAUUACUAUGUUGCCUACCUGAGGGAUUUGCCUGAGUGCAUCUCACUGGUUCACGUUGUUGUUCUAAAAGAGGGUGAUGAGGAGAUCAAAUCUGACAUCUACACACUGUUUUUUCACAUAGUCCAGCGCAUCCCGGAAUAUCUGAUACAUCUGCAGAAUGUUCUGAAGUUCACAGAGCAGGAACACCCUGACUAUUAUCUACUCCUGGUGUGUGUUCAGCGCCUUCGAGUAUUUAUCUCACACUACACCCUGCUGUUUCAAUGCAAUGAGGAUUUGCUUAUUCAGAAGCGAAAAAAGCUCAAGAAGUCAUCCAUGGCGAAGCUGUACAAAGGGCUGGCUUCCCAGUGUGCAAAUGCUGGCCAAGAUGCUUCUUCCACUGCAGGCCCAGAGGCUGUCCGGGACAGUGGGAUCCACUCAGAAGAGAUGUUGCAGCCCUACCCUUCUGCUCCCAGUUCUGGCUCUGCUGUCACACAUUUGAUGGCCCCCGCGAAGAAGAGCCAGCAGCAGCAGGGCUUGAUGGAGAGCAUGCAGCCCGGGAAGCCCAGUGACUGGGAGAUGGAAGCCCGAAAGCACGAGAGGCCCGAGAGCCUGCUGGCGCCUGCGCAGUUCUGCGCGGCCGAGCAGGACGUGAAGGGGCUGGCCGGGCCCCUGCAGGCCAUCCCGGAGAUGGACUUCGAGCCGUCUCCCGCCGAGCCGCUGGGCAACGUCGAGCGCUCGCUGCGCACGCCGGCCGAGCUGCUGCCCGAUGCCCGCGGUUUCGUGCCCGCGGCCUACGAGGAGUUCGAGUACGGCGGCGAGAUCUUCGCGCUGCCGGCGCCCUACGAUGAGGAGCCCUUCCAGGCCCCCGCUCUCUUCGAGAACUGCUCGCCUGCUUCUUCGGAGUCCAGCCUGGACAUCUGCUUCCUGCGGCCCGUCAGCUUCGCCAUGGAGGCUGAGCGGCCCGAGCACGCGCUGCAGCCGCUGCCCAAGAGCGCCACGUCGCCGGCGAGCAGCAGCGGCGCCUACAAGCUGGAGGCCGCGCAGGCGCAGGCGCACGGCAAGGCCAAGCCGCUGAGCCGUUCGCUGAAGGAGUUCCCGCGCACGCCGCCCGCCGAGGGCGUGGCCCCGCGCCUCUACAGCACGCGCAGCAGCAGCGGCGGCCGCGCGCCGCUCAAGGCCGAGCGCGCCGCGCAGCCGCACGGCGCCGCCGCCGCCGCCGCUUCCGCCCGCGGCGCGCCGCGGACCUUCUUCCCCCAACAGAGGUCCCAAAGCGAAAAACAGACCUAUUUGGAAGUAAGGAGGGAGAUGCACUUAGAAGACACAGCCCGAUUCUGUCCAAAGGAAGAAAGAGAAAGUGAACAAACAUCUUUCAGCGAUCAAAACCCCAGGCAAGACCAGAAAGGGGGCUUUCGCAGCUCCUUCCGCAAGCUCUUUAAAAAGAAGUCCAGUGGAUCAGAAUACAGGGAAAAAACUAAUGAGAAUCCCUCAAUGGAUCCUUCACCCACCAAACAAGAUUUCUUCAGAAACCGACUUGCUCUUGCAAAUGACCUUGACCAAGGAACAGCUGUGUAAAACAUAUUUAAAAGUUGUAUUGUCAAGUGGUAAGAUGAGGAUUAAAAAACGUGUAUAUAUCUGUGUAGGAAUAUAUAUAUAUAUAUCAAUGUAUAAAUCCCCAAGGAAGACUAAUAUAAAUACUUACAUAUGAAACUAAAAUCAACAUACAAGACAUGAAGAGAUGAAGAUUAGUCUAUGGUUAAGACCUGGCUUUUUGAACAUCAACACUUGGGAAAAGGGAACUGAAGACUUUUCACAUCAUUACAGAAAAACACAAUAAAUCUGGAGGAAAAUAAAUGUUUGUAAGAACAAAAUCUUGCACCUUGAAGUCAUUCCCCUAGCAUCAUCUUGAGUAUGUUCAUAUUUAACAUGGAUGUAACUUUUGUGCUUCCUAGAUAUGUAGCUGAUUAAUCCAUUGCUAAGUGCUUAGACAUAUAAUUAUGUCAGGGACCAGUUGAGUCUUACCACGUUAUUCAAAAAUCCUCAAAGUAAUUAAUAUAUAACAUCCCUUGCAGGCAAGGGUUUAACCCAAAUAUAUUUUACAUAUAAAGUCUGAGUUACAAGUACUUUGUGCUUAAAUCAUGAUACAGAGGAUCCAAGCUUAUUUCAUGGUUAUAGAAAUAAAUCAAGAAAGGGAAUGAUGAUUGCUGUAGAAAUGGGAGUGGAGACAAAGAAACAUUUAUCCCUGUGUGGGCUGUGCUAAGGAUGGGAAAAGUCUUUCUUUUACGGAGUAUGCAGUAUUCGAGAUCCACUGGUAAUCCUGAGAGUCAUACAUGCUUAGAAUCAGAGUAUCUAGGAAAAAAGGCACUGAUUUAGCCACAUCAUCUUAAAAAGGGUUUCUUCAGUCUGGACAGAAGAUGGCAACAGCACUGGUGCUUUAAUAUCUCACACACACAAUGCUUGCCACAAACACCAGGUCAGAAUAAAAACUCAGGGAUACAUUAUUUCACUCCCCCCCUCCCCAAGCUGUAAAAAAACAAAGCUUUUACAGAUCAUGUAAAGGAAUAGUUCAACAAAGCCUGCUUAGCUCUGUGUUGUUUCCACAUGUCACAGAUAAUGAAAAUUCCUAACUGGCCCCAAACAUUAGAUUCUUAAUAGGAAAAAAUAGGUCUAAAUUACUGGUCCCCAUUCCCAAGAAAUUGUCAAAAUUAGGGUAUUUGGCUUCCAUUCACUCAGUCUUAGUACUCAAAUUGACUUCUUUGUAUACUGCUUCUCUGUGAACACAGUCUGAUAAAAUAGAACUUCUAAGUAUUACCAAUAGUCUUCUCCUGAUUUGCUAAUCAAUUAGGAACUCUUCCUUUAGCAUUUUGAGCAAUAGGGAUCUAGAACAUAGAAGGGAUCACUGCCAUGUUUUUCAAGUUUGUAGCAUUUAAGCCAAAGUUUUCAUUUCCCUUAAAUUAAUCCAUUUGAAAUUAGAUUUUUUUUUCUAUUAGGCCAAAGUUGUUUGGGGGCACUGCUGGAGAGUAUAAUGCCAAAUCACUUGGACAUGGAAAGUGAAAUAGAAUUCAUAACCUCUUAAAUAAAAAUGUAAAC